UGUGGCAACUCUAGCGCUCUAAAGCAAAACAAAAACAUUGAAGAAAUUUAAAAAGUCAUUGCUUAUCCAAAUAAACGGUUACAUUCUUAACAAUUUAGAAUUUCAUAGCGGAAAAUGUCUUACCGGUACUGCUACUUAGUGGCUGCAGUGCUGCUGUUCAUUCUAUUCCAUGAGCAAUUCUGUGACGCAGCAGCCGCACAGGCGCCCCAAAAGACCGUGGACAUUCUGGAAAAGAGUGAACCGGCUGCCAAAGCGGACGGCAAAAAAGAUAAGGAGCGCCUACCCGAAGAUCCUUUGACGGGACCAAAGGAUGCUACGGUGGUCGUGAACAAGGGGUCAGUUUCCCCAACUGCACCACCGGCACCACAGCCCAAAGCUCCAGCAGCGGAAGCUUCCACAAGAUUUCCCAUAGACGAUGUGCACGUUGAACAGACCCAUAUGUCCUCCGAUAUCGACUUUCCCGGCCAAGCCGUUGUAUACAUUCUGGUGGGCAUUACCAGUACUGCUAUUUUGCUCCUCGUGAUGCGGGUUUACCGGCUGCGACUGUCGCGGGCGGAGCGCAAGUACGGCGUGCAGGGCGACCGAGCGAAUCAGGAGCUGACCCCACUGCCAAUGGCCAUCGAGGACGUCAAUAGCGAUGACGAGGACCACACCGUGUUCGAGGUCAAUCGCCAGAACAUACGCAUAUUAUGAAAUAGUAAACAUGAGCACACGCCAAAGACCCGUUUGGUCGCACCGCCAUUCCCGACACUUCUCAGCAGAACUUGCCUUAUUUCUUAGCUAUUUAUCGCUUUGUAGAUUUGCUUUGUAGCUGCCAGCCAAUAUCCAAAUUAGCCCACUAAUUUCUAAGUUCUGUGCAUUUCACCCACUAGCAGUUGGUUCAGGUUUAACGAAUCAAAUGGAAAUCAAAACCACUUGUGAUAAAGAUAACGAUGAUAUAUGUAUGUCUAUAAGUACAAGGAUGCCGCUGAAGCCCCGAAGGCAUUAAAACUCUCAAAUGUACGGAAGCUUUCAAUUCGCCUGUGCGUGGAUGUUCAAUAUUAAUAAAUGUUAUUAAAUAUACUCAA